AAGAAGGAGGCAGCUUUCGAUUAUCUUAGCAUGUUAGCAGCCAACUUUCAAACAGUCUUUCGCACAAUUAUUGAAUUAUCUUCCCGGAUAAGUGUGUGAUUUGUUCUCUCUCCUGGUCGUAGUUGAGCGUGCAUUUCGGCAGCCUUUCGUAGACGAAGAGAUGUUGCCCUUGAAGGAGAAGGACAAGGUCAUCAUCCAGAAGCUGUUGGUGUCCGGCUGCUGCGCUCGCUGCGUGCUCAGGUUCUGUUGCAUCGGAGUCCCGGAUGCCUACAGGCAGACCCGCCAGGAAACCCUCCGGCAGCUUCAAGCAUUCAUCAGCACUCCAGAGGACCGCAAAUCUUCCGAAUCCACAGUGGAGGAGGGAAACAACAAUUCCCAGAAUGCGACAGUGUCAGAACCCGCGAGUAAGAGAAGCAAGCUGGAACCCGAGGAGCCGGCGCCGGAUUCGAGUGUGUGCAUGGUGUGCUUGGGCGUCCUGCAGCACCUCAGUGAUGUCAGCCAAGCUGUACAGAUCGCAGACACCGUAAAGAAGCAACAGUACGAGGUGGACACUUUAGUGUUGUCCAUCUCGCUCCCUGCUCAGAUGUGUGUGCGGGAGCACUCGUGUUGGCUUCACGUGAAGGAGCAAGUGAGGGCCAAGUGUGGCGUGCUGGGCCGCGAUGACGUCAUCCAGGUGAAGGAGGCCUUCAGGUGGAUCAUGCAGGGCCUGCUGGCCCACGAGCUGGCCGGCGUUGCCGUGGUAGCCAAGAGUGCGCUUGAGGUCAGCGUGGGCUUCACUCAUCCGGAAACGGAUGCCGACUGCCACUUCCUUGCAUCAACUUGUCCCGACUGCUUCAAACCCACCAAGAACAAACAGUCAGUGUUUACCCGGAUGGCGGUGGUGAAAGCUCUGGAGAAGAUCCCUGAUAGCAAAUUUAUGAAACACUCGCCGUGUCCGCCGUCCCGUCCAGGCACCAGCUGCACGCCGCAGGAUGUCCAGUGUGUUCACAUGUCCGUCUUUGUGGCGGGGCGCUACAACAAGUUCUGCCGCAGCCUGCCGCAGACACCCUGGCUCAUCGAUGGCGAGCGGCGGAUGGAGUCGUCUGUAGAGGAGCUCAUCGCCACGCCCAUUCUUGCUGCCUUCAGAGCACACGGAUUUAAUUUCUCGUCGUCCGGCCGUGAAGACGUGGACGUUCGCACCCUGGGAAAUGGUCGACCAUUUGCGUUGGAACUGCUGAACCCCCACAAGAGCAAACUGAGCGAGGAGAACAUGAAGAACGUCCAGCAGAGCAUCAACGCAUCUUCAGACAAGAUCCGAGUCCGAGAUCUACAGAUGGUCAGCAGAGACGCCAUGAGUCGUAUGAAGGAGGGCGAGGAGGAGAAGACCAAGUCAUACCAAGCGUUGGUGUGGACACACAAGUCCAUCCACAAAGACGACAUCGCCUUCAUCAACCACAUCAAGGACCUGAGGGUGGACCAGAAGACUCCGCUGAGGGUUCUGCACCGUCGCACUUUGGCCGUGCGCCAGCGCCUUAUCCACAGCAUGAGCGCAAAUUUACUGGAUCAACACCACUUCCAGCUCAGCCUCAAGACGCAGGCCGGAACCUACAUCAAAGAAUUUGUUCAUGGAGACUUCGGGCGUACUAAACCAAACUUGUGUCAGCUGCUAGACACGCACACAGACAUACUAGAACUAGACGUACAGGUACUACUCUUAUUAUUAUUCCUCCGCUUCUUCCUCUUCCUGUGCUAUUCCAAUUAUACUUUUUCGUCUGUUGUGAAUCCUGCUAUUUUUAACAAGUGUCCAUUCGGUGAUUUGUAUGAACGUCUUUUCCAUGUUUUUGUCAAGUGACGAAAACAUUUCUUGACUCUUAUUAUGAGGGUUUUUAACCUUUUUCGGUAUGUUUUCUUUGGUUCGAUGUUUAGUUGUGGGGCCAAACACAAGGGACACAAAACUGAAGUGCCAGCUCUUAAUUUUUUCAAUCAGGUUUGCCAAGUUAGCUGUUUAUAAAGCGAAGAGACAAAUUGCACUCGGGCCCUAACUUGGGCCUUGUGGAAGUGUAAUGUGAAGGUGACUGUGGCACUGAGGUUUUUAUUCUACAAGACCACAGGAAACUUGAAUACUUUUUUAGAGAUGUGCAGUUAUGAAGAGAUUUUAUGCAGUGUCCCAACAAAAUGAACCAAAGUUCAGUGCU